AUGCCCAUAUAUAGUGUGCGACGCUCUUUCUUUUUACACAGUUUACUCUCCGUUAGUCAGCACCUCUACAAACAUUUGGGUGUGAGUCAACUCAUUUGGGGGGGAUGCUUUUUAUUCAGGGAGACCGGGUAAUAUAUUUGAUCCAGAUGUUAGUAAUAUCUACAGUCCGAGCCGAGACAAGACUGAAUUCAGACAGCCCCCUGUAUUGAGUUUGAACUCUAACCAUCAUCCCUCUCUCUCGUUCUCUCUCUCUCCCUCCACAGUGUGUCCCUCCACCUGUAAGCAUCGGGCCUGUACCCAGCAUGGCCACUGCUGCCAUGACCAGUGUCUGGGGGGCUGCUUGGAGGCAGGCAACGCCAGCAGCUGUGUGGCCUGCCAGAACCUCCAGCACCAGGACACCUGCGUAGACCGCUGUCCCCAGGGAUACUACACCUUCAAGGGCUGGCGAUGUGUCUCUCUCUCCUUCUGCCAGGACCUCCACAAUCAGUGCAAGAAUGGAAAGAGCAGCGACUGCCACGAGUACGUCAUCCACAACAAAGCCUGCAUCCCAGAGUGCCCCUCAGGAUACACCACCAUCAACUCUACCACGUAAGUCUUAUAUCUAUAACUUGACAGCCAUAUACCACCAUCAACUCUACCAUGUAAGUCUUAGAUCUAUGACAUGACAAGCCGUAUACUAGGGGUUUAACGAUUCACCAAUACGCAUCGGCCCCCUGUUCAAAUGUUUAAGAUAUGAGUACAUACAGUGGGGGAAAAAAGUAUUUAGUCAGCCACCAAAUGUGCAAGUUCUCCCACUUAAAAAGAUGAGAGAGGCCUGUUAUUUUCAUCAUAGGUACACGUCAACUAUGACAGACAAAAUGAGGGAAAAAAAUCCAGAAAAUCACAUUGUAGGAUUUUUAAUGAAUUUAUUUGCAAAUUAUGGUGGAAAAUAAGUAUUUGGUCAAUAACAAAAGUUUCUCAAUACUUUGUUAUAUACCCUUUGUUGGCAAUGACACAGGUCAAACGUUUUCUGUAAGUCUUCACAAGGUUUUCACACACUGUUGCUGGUAUUUUGGCCCAUUCCUCCAUGCAGAUCUCCUCUAGAGCAGUGAUGUUUUGGGGCUGUCGCUGGGCAACAUGGACUUUCAACUCCCUCCAAAGAUUUUCUAUGGGGUUGAGAUCUGGAGACUGGCUAGGCCACUCCAGGACCUUGAAAUGCUUCUUACGAAGCCACUCCUUCGUUGCCCGGGCGGUGUGUUUGGGAUCAUUGUCAUGCUGAUAGACCCAGCAAUGUUUCACCUUCAAUGCCCUUGCUGAUGGAAGGAGGUUUUCACUCAAAAUCUCACGAUACAUGGCCCCAUUCAUUCUUUCCUUUACACGGGUCAGUCGUCCUGGUCCCUUUGCAGAAAAACAGCCCCAAAGCAUGAUGUUUCCACCCCCAUGCUUCACAGUAGGUAUGGUGUUCUUUGGAUGCAACUCAGCAUUCUUUGUCCUCCAAACACGACGAGUUGAGUUUUUACCAAAAAGUUAUAUUUUGGUUUCAUCUGACCAUAUGACAUUCUCCCAAUCCUCUUCUGGAUCAUCCAAAUGCACUCUAGCAAACUUCAGACAGGCCUGGACAUGUACUGGCUUAAGCAGGGGGACACGUCUGGCACUGCAGGAUUUGAGUCCCUGGCGGCAUAGUGUGUUACUAAUGGUAGGCUUUGUUACUUUGGUCCCAGCUCUCUGCAGGUCAUCCACUAGGUCCCCCCGUGUGGUUCUGGGAUUUUUGCUCACCAUUCUUGUGAUCAUUCUGACCCCACGGGGUGAGAUCUUGCGUGGAGCCCCAGAUCGAGGGAGAUUAUCAGUGGUCUUGUAUGUCUUCCAUUUCCUAAUAAUUGCUCCCACAGUUGAUUUCUUCAAACCAAGCUGCUUACCUAUUGCAUAUUCAGUCUUCCCAGCCUGGUGCAGGUCUACAAUUUUGUUUCUGGUGUCCUUUGACAGCUCUUUGGUCUUGGCCAUAGUGGAGUUUGGAGUGUGACUGUUUGAGGUUGUGGACAGGUGUCUUUUAUACUGAUAACAAGUUCAAACAGGUGCCAUUAAUACAGGUAACGAGUGGAGAACAGAGGAGCCUCUUAAAGAAGAAGUUACAGAGCCAGAAAUCUUGCUUGUUUGUAGGUGAACAAAUACUUAUUUUCCACCAUAAUUUGCAAAUAAAUUCAUAAAAAAUCCUACAAUGUGAUUUUCUGGAGAGAAAAAAAUCUUAAUUUGUCUGUCAUAGUUGACGUGUACCUAUGAUGAAAAUUACAGGCCUCUCUCAUCUUUUUAAGUGGGAGAACUUGUACAAUUGGUGGCUGACUAAAUACUUUUUUUCCCCACUGUAGGUCCGCGGGACUCCAAACCCAUCCAAAUGUAGCAUGCAUUGGUCAGGAAAUUGAUUCAAACAUUAUGAAUUGCCAGUUCACUAAGUGUUUUUGCUCAAUUUACUAUAACUUCCCGGCCUCCCGAGUGGCGCAGCGGUCUAAGGCACUGCAUCGCAGUGCUUGAGGCAUCACUACAGACGCGGGUUUGAUCCCAGGCUGUAUCACAGCCGACCGUGACCGGGAGACCCAUGAGGCGACGCACAAUUUACCCAGUGUCGUCCGGGUCAGGGGAGGGUUUGGCCUGCUGGGAUUUCCUUGUCCCAUCGCGCUCUAGCGACUCCUUGUGGCGGGCCAGGCACCUGCAAGCUGACUCCGGCCGCCAGCUGGACGGAGUUUCCUCCAACACAUUGGUGCGGCUGGCUAACGGGUUAAGCGAGCAGUGUGUCAAGAAGCAGUGCGGCUUGGCAGGGUCGUGUUUCGGAGGACGCAUGGCUCUCGACCUUUGCCUCUCCCGAGUCCGUUGUGGAGUUGCAGCGAUGGGACAAGACUGUAACUACCAAUUGGAUAUCAUGAAAAAGGGCAAAAAAAUAAUUGUACGAAUAAUUUACUAUACCUUCCGAAAAAAUACUGCGUCCUCUCCUUCAGCGUCGAACUAAGCAUGUAAUUGUGUUGACAGUCAUUGAUCGACAAGUCAUAUUGCAUGCCGAACAACAACCCUAGCCUAGUCAAACUGUGCAGCUUCGCAUGCUGACCAACGAGAGGUAGGCCUAUUUCUGAUCUGGCACAUCUGCGGGUCACCUUCAGCAUUCAAAAUGUUUGUAAAAUGGGUUGGCUUUAUUAGUUGUGUGGCAGACCGGGGGUUCGAUCAAGACGUUUACACAGAUCCGACAUGGACACAAGUGCGAUACCUCAGUUUCAAGGGUGUUUAUUUAAAACAAUGAAGAAAAAGAAAAGAAACCGGUCUCCUCCAGGAGACCUCCUCCGGGUUACCGUCUUCUGGGCUCCGGGGAAUGCUGUAUUCUCUGGGGUAGAACACAGAGCCCCUCGGUUCGAUCAGACCGUGAGGACGUCUGUCCGGUAGCAACCUCUCACUACCUCCAACCCUCCCGUGUGCUGCCCUCCUAGCAGCUUUAUGGGCCCCGUACGGCUGGUGAGCAAUCAGCCCCUUCAUUACUCACCAGACUCAAUCAGCCCCAAUUAAUCCUGGCCAGAGGACCCGUCGAGACCUGGCACAUCCAGCAGAGAGAGCCACCGCCGCGUGAUAUAGACUCCGUCUGUCACCAGGCCUCGACGAGUCUCCCCCUGGUGGCUUGUCCGUGGUACGCCGCAGUUGAGUGACAACCAAUGUAAUUUGCUAGGUUAUUUUGAUCAAAUGCCUAAACUACCCCCGGAGAGAACUCUCAUCUGGCUAUACAGGCUGAUCAUUAGAUUUCAUUUCGAUUGUUCAGGUUCAUCAUCAGCAAUAGUUUUGGUAGUUUUGCUUGAAACAAUCAUUUUAUUUUUUAUUUUUUAUAUGCUGGGUCAAGUUGAUCAUUUCAUAAUGAGGACAACAAUAACUUUUGCUACAUUUUUUUACAUUUUACAUUUUAGUCAUUUAGCAGACGCUCUUAUCCAGAGCGACUUACAGUUAGUGAAUACAUUUUUUAUUUUUUUUUAUACUGGCCCCCCAUGGGAAACGAACCACCAACCCUGGCGUUGCAAACGCCAUGCUCUAUCAACUGAGCUACAUCCCUGCCGGCCAUUCCCUCCCCUACCCUGGACGACGCUGGGCCAAUUGUGCGCCGCCCAUCAGUCUCCCGGUCGCGGCCGGCUGCGACAGAGCCUGGAUUCGAACCAGGAUCUCUAGUAGCACAGUUAGCACUGCGAUGCAGUGCCUUAGACCACUGCGCCACUGCAUGGUUGAAGCGGGAGACUUUGAAGAAGAGAAGCUCACUCCAAGUAAUCAAAACUUCCAAACGGUCUAAACCAUUCGAUUAUGAGACGGGGGUGGAAUCCAAAGUUGUCCUAUAUACACUGCUCAAAAAAAUAAAGGCAACACUUAAACAACACAUCCUAGAUCUGAAUGAAUGAAAUAAUCUUAUUAAAUACUUUUUUCUUUACAUAGUUGAAUGUGCUGACAACAAAAUCACACAAAAAUUAUCAAUGGAUAUCAAAUGUAUCAACCCAUGGAGGUCUGGAUUUGGAGUCACCCUAUAAAUUAAAGUGGAAAACCACACUACAGGCUGAUCCAACUUUGAUGUAAUGUCCUUAAAACAAGUCAAAAUGAGGCUCAGUAGUGUGUGUGGCCUCCACGUGCCUGUAUGAUCUCCCUACAACGCCUGGGCAUGCUCCUGAUGAGGUGGCGGAUGGUCUCCUGAGGACUCUCCUCCCAGACCUGGACUAAAGCAUCCGCCAACUCCUGGACAGUCAGUGGUGCAACGUGGCGUUGGUGGAUGGAGCGAGACAUGAUGUCCCAGAUGUGCUCAAUUGGAUUCAGGUCUGGGGAACGGGCGGGCCAGUCCAUAGCAUCAAUGCCUUCCUCUUGCAGGAACUGCUGACACACUCCAGCCACUUGAGGUCUAGCAUUGUCUUGCAUUAGGAGGAACCCAGGGUCUGAGGAUCUCAUCUCGGUACCUAAUGGCAGUCAGGCUACCUCUGGCGAGCACAUGGAGGGCUGUGCGGCCCCCCAAAGAAAUGCCACCCCACACCAUGACUGACCCACCGCCAAACCGGUCAUGCUGGAGGAUGUUGCAGGCAGCAGAACGUUCUCCACGGCGUCUCCAGACUCUGUCACGUCUGUCACAUGUGCUCAGUGUGAACCUGCUUUCAUCUAUGAAGAGCACAGGGCGCCAGUGGCGAAUUUGCCAAUCUUGGUGUUCUCUGGCAAAUGCCAAACGCCCUGCACGGUGUUGGGCUGUAAGCACAACCCCCACCUGUGGACGUCGGGCCCUCAUACCACCCUCAUGGAGUCUGUUUCUGACCGUUUGAGCAGACACAUGCACAUUUGUGGCCUGCUGGAGGUCAUUUUGCAGGGCUCUGGCAGUGCUCCUCCUGCUCCUCCUUGCACAAAGGCGGAGGUAGCGGUCCUGCUGCUGUGUUGUUGCCCUCCUACGGCCUCCACCACGUCUCCUGAUGUACUGGCCUGUCUCCUGGUAGCGCCUCCAUGCUCUGGACACUACACUGACAGACACAGCAAACCUUCUUGCCACAGCUCGCAUUGAUGUGCCAUCCUGGAUGAGCUGCACUACCUGAGCCAUUUGUGUGGGUUGUAGACUCCGUCUCAUGCUACCACUAGAGUGAAAGCACCUCCAGCAUUCAAAAGUGACCAAAACAUCAGCCAGGAAGCAUAGGAACUGAGAAGUGGUCUGUGGUCACCACCUGCAGAACCACUUCUUUAUUGGGGGUGUCUUGAUAAUUGCCUAUAAUUUCCACCUGUUGUCUAUUCCAUUUGCACAACAGCAUGUGAAAUGUAUUGUCAAUCAGUGUUGCUUCCUAAGUGGACAGUUUGAUUUCACAGAAGUGUGAUUGACUUGGAGUUACAUUGUGUUAUUUAAGUGUUCAUUUUAUUUUUUUGAGCAGUGUAUAUUCAUUGGCUAUGUCAUAGCAAAUUUGUAAAGAUAAAUAUUGAUACAUUACUGUAACGUAUACGCAGGGAGUCAGGAAGCAGGUGCAGAAGGUUCAGCCGCCUCGCUGUCCGUAUGUACUCCAGGUUCCGAUGGUCAGUGAGGAUGAGACAUGAGUCCUUGGCACCCUCCAGCCAGUGUCUCCACUCCUCUAAUGCCAAAUUCACCGCCAAGAGCUCCUGGUCGCCGACGUCAUAGUUCCUCUCAGCAGGAGACAGUUUUUUUUUUGUAGUAUGCACAUGGAUACAAUUUCUGUGGGUUACCUUGACGUUGGGACAGGAUGGCCCCCACGCCCACUGCUGAAGCGUCCACCUCCACCACGAAGGGCAGCAUAGGAUCUGGGUUUUCUGCAACGGGGCGGAGGUGAAACACCCCUUCAGUAUACGGAAGGCGUCAUCGGCUGUAAGACUCCACACCAACUUACAGGUACCACCCUUGAGGUGAGAGGAGAGGCGAUAGAGCUGAAGUUCCUAAUGAAGCAGCGGCAGAAGUUGGCAAACCCCAAACACCAUCGUAGCCCCUUUAUGGGACUGGCCAUGACCUGACUGCAUCGACCUUCCUCUCCUCCAUCAUCACUCCCCGUGGACUGAUCUGGUAUCCUCAGAAGUAGACAGCAACCUGAUGGAACUGGCACUUCUCCGCUUUCACAUACAGGUGAUCCUCCAGGGGGCGAUCCAGGACUACUCUGACAUGGGCGAUGUGAUCCUCCAAGGUGGCCGAGUAGACCAGGAUGUUGUUGAUAUACACGACCACCUGGCGCCCGAGCAUGUCGCGGAACACUUCGUUAAUGAAUGCCUGGAACACCGACGGAGCAUUGGCUAAUCCAUAAGGCAUCACCGUUUUCCAUUAAUCCAAUUUGGUUUUAAAAAACGGGCACCGCGGAGCUGUUCGAUCGCAGCCGGCACCAACGGAAGAGGGUAGCGGUACUUAUUGGUGAUUGAAUUGAGGACUCUGUAAUCAAUACACGGGCGUAGACCUCCGUCCUUCUUGGCCACGAAGAACAAGCCUGCCAAAGCAGUGGAGGAGGAGGUGCGGAUGAAACCAAGAGCCAUGAACCUCUCAUUGGAACCCAGCUCCUCCUCUCCUCUCUCCCAGACGGCCGUAGCCCACUCCAAAGCCUUUCCGGUCAGCAGGGAAAUGACCGUGGCAACCUUGGACCUCUCGGUGGUGGGGGCUCCUGUCUGAUGGGCGAAAUAGAGAGAGCACUGGAGUAGGAAGCCACGGCAUUUCGAUGGAGUCCCGUCAUAUUUGUACGGGAGGUUGCCACGGUCAUGUGAUAUCGCUGACCCUGGGUGGACUGCUGGAUGGGCUGGGGGACUGGCUCUCUGGGACGACUCGUGGUAGAGGAUCCUCCGCUAGUUGGAGAUGAAUCCUCUCAGGUGUUGUCGAGAUGGUGGAGAACGCGGAGGACCGUAUCCAUUACCGUAACCAGUUAAGCCAGCUGGUCGUGGUGUUGACGGAGUAGGUGUUCCUGUUCGUCGACCAUCUGGGAGAUAUCCUUAACUUCUGCAGAUUCCAUAUCUUGAGAGGCAUUAUUCUGUAACGUAUACGCAGGGAGUCAGGAAGCAGGUGCAGAAGGUGAGUUUAAUAAUAAGAAACAUGAAGAUAAUCAAAACAGGAAUAGCGUAUUGAACGUAAACAAAACCAAUACUGCCUGAAGACUGAGGCUACUGAGGGCUAAAUAAAGGGAGAGUAAUCAGGGUGAUGAUGAAGUCCAGGUGUGCUUAACGAUGUGGAGCAGGUGUGCACAAUGAUGGUUGUCAGGUGUGCGUAAUGAGGGUUGCCAGGACCGGUGGUUAGCAGACCGGCGACGUUGAGCACCGGAGCGGGAGUAGGCGUGACAAUUACUAGCUCUAAAAAAAAAAUGCUGCAAAACUAACAAAUUAUGUAGUGGGUGAUGAUGAUUUCAGAUCAAAAGUGGGGUGGGACAAAAAGCAAACAUUUCCCCCCCCCCCCCCCCCCUAACUGAUAGUGGGCUGGUAGAUGCCCCGUUUCCCUUAUGGCUCAGCUCAGGUGCCUACAUACACCAUCUACAUCAUUUACACACACACACACACAAACAGAAGUCAGCUCAGACAGAUACAGCUCAGAGAGGCCCAGCUCAUGAACUCCAUCAGCAGCAGAUUUUAAUUUAGAAUGGAAAAUGAAUGUGUUUAUGCAACAAAUGUUAGUGCAUCGUAUCGAACCGAAUCACAUCGAUUCGUUUCAAAGUAAAAUGUAUCGUUCCUGUAUCGUAUCGGAGCCCAUGUACUGUAUCUAGAUACAUAUCGAAUCGUCUUGAAAGGGAAAGAUGCACAUCCCACCAUAUACCACCAUCAACUCUACCAUGUAAGUCUUAGAUCUAUAACUUGACAGCCAUAUACCACCAUUAACUCUCGAAAACUCUAGGCGGCAUUCUGCCUUCUUCCUACAGUUUUCAGCUGUUAGCUUCACCCAUGACUGGCUCAUGUGAACUAGAAUCCCGACGCUGUGUUUUAACGUUUAGAAACGUCAAUAAUAAUAAUAAUUGUCGCUUGCGAUACGGCUUUCGAAACAUAUGGCCAUUAUCUUUCAUCAGCGAGAAAGAAUCCUUCAAAUAAAAAAGAUACACUUACUGUAGUAUUUUUGCACAGAUCUAUACAGCUAUGGGUGCCUCCAUCCAAUGAAACUACACUUCCGCUACUCUUCCAGAGUUAUCCUUACACACAGGUGUUCGGAGCACGCUAGAUACAGUGGGGAAAAAAAGUAUUUAGUCAGCCACCAAUUGUGCAACUUCUCCCACUUAAAAAGAUGAGAGAGGCUUGUAAUUUUCAUCAUAGGUACACGUCACCUAUGACAGACAAAUUGAGGGAAAAACAAUCCAGAAAAUCAACAUUGUAGGAUUUUUUAUGAAUUUAUUUGCAAAUUAUGGUGGAAAAUAAGUAUUUGGUCACCUACAAACAAGCAAGAUUUCUGGCUCUCACAGACCUGUAACUUCUUCUUUAAGAGGCUCCUCUGUCCUCCACUCGUUACCUGUAUUAAUGGCACAUGUUUGAACUUGUUAUCAGUAUAAAAGACACCUGUCCACAACCUCAAACAGUCACACUCCAAACUCCACUAUGGCCAAGACCAAAGAGCUGUCAAAGGACACCAGAAACAAAAUUGUAGACCUGCACCAGGCUGGGAAGACUGAAUCUGCAAUAGGUAAGCAGCUUGGUUUGAAGAAAUCAACUGUGGGAGCAAUUAUUAGGAAAUGGAAGACAUACAAGACCACUGAUAAUCUCCCUCGAUCUGGGGCUCCACGCAAGAUCUCACCCCAUGGGGUCAAAAUGAUCACAAGAACGGUGAGCAAAAAUCCCAGAACCACACAGGGGGACCUAGUGAAUGACCUGCAGAGAGCUGGGACCAAAGUAACAAAGCCUACCAUCAGUAACACACUACGCCGCCAGGGACUCAAAUCCUGCAGUGCCAGACGUGUCCCCCUGCUUAAGCCAGUACAUGUCCAGGCCCGUCUGAAGUUUGCUAGAGUGCAUUUGGAUGAUCCAGAAGAGGAUUGGGAGAAUGUCAUAUGGUCAGAUGAAACCAAAAUAUAACUUUUUGGUAAAAACUCAACUCGUCGUGUUUGGAGGACAAAGAAUGCUGAGUUGCAUCCAAAGAACACCAUACCUACUGUGAAGUAUGGGGGUGGAAACAUCAUGCUUUGGGGCUGUUUUUCUGCAAAGGGACCAGGACGACUGAUCCGUGUAAAGGAAAGAAUGAAUGGGGCCAUGUAUCGUGAGAUUUUGAGUGAAAACCUCCUUCCAUUAGCAAGGGCAUUGAAGAUGAAACGUGGCUGGGUCUUUCAGCAUGACAAAUGGACACGAAGGAGUGGCUUGUAGAAGCAUUCAGUCUGGAGGGCCUAGCAGUCUCAAUCUCAACCCCUAGAAAUCUUUGAGGGAGUUGAAGUCGUGUUGCCCAGCCAGCCCCAAAACAUCACUGCUCUCGCAUGAGGAAUGGCCCCACACAGUGUGUGAAACUGUGAAGACUUACAGAAAAGGACUUGUCAUUGCCAACAAAGGGUAUAUAACAAAGUAUUGGAAACUUUUGUUUUGACCAAAUACUUAUUUCACAUUUUGCAAUACAUUAAAAAUCCUACAAUGUGAUUUUCAGGAAAACAUUUUCUCAUUUUGUCUGUCAUAGUUGACGUGUACCUAUGAUGAAAAUUAUAGGCCUCUCUCAUCUUUUUAAGUGGGAGAACUUGCACAAUUGGUGGCUGACUAAAUACUUUUUUCCCCCACUGUAGCUAAUUAGCACAGGUGGUCGCCUCUGUCUUCCGUCUGUUUUCCGUAAACAAGCACUGUAACAUGGAUAUAUGACCGUGUUGGAACACUAACCCUAUAAAGGUGUGUAUCAGUUUAACCUUUUUGUUAAUUAUUAUUAUUACUUCUCGUUUAUAUGAAAGAUAAGGUCCUUAUGCUUCCAAAACCGUACCGCAAGCGAUGUGUGUUAAUGUUGAGACAGAGUGUCGGGGCGCUUAACAAAACUCCCCCGUACAGAAGACGCCUUCGUCCAAUGACUCCAAUAACUCUUAUGUGUAAUGGAAUGGAACUGAGAGUCAUAAUCAAGGGCUAAUACCACCAUCAACUCUACCAUGUACGUGUCUGCUGUGAUGUCACACCAGGUGCCAUAGUGGACACAAACGUGCAGUGACAUACAGUCUAAUCACCAUUACAAACACGGCAGGAUCACAGCUGCACUCUGAAGUGUGUAGAGUCAUCAGGAUUCUACGUUGAUAGUCUUCGAUGUAGAUACACCACCAUCAACUCAACUACUUCAAUCUGAAGUCAGUGUACCACUGUCAACCCCUUCCAUACGUGUCAGCUCCAUCACCUGCGUCAGCAGCCAGCGACGUCAGCAGACACUACAGCACUCACUGAACCCAUACUGUGUACUGUACACCUCUACACGUAUCAUGGCUCACAGAACACAGUCAGCUUGCAGUCAGCUUCAGCUAGACUCAUAGUCAUUUGGUUAACAUAGUCUGUUUAUGUGGGUCAAAUCUGUUUGGGUGUUUUGUGGGCAACUCUUGUUUUGGCCACAUUAGUCACACCGACUGGGUGACACUACUGUCAUUUUCCAGCAGGACGUUAAACAGUCUCUACUCUACACACACUCCUUACACACACACACACACACACACACACACACACACACACACACACACUCCUUUCACACACACACACGCCCACUCAGAGUGACAACACCGACCGUGUGCCGUGCUCCUCUGUGUCCCCAAAUACUUUUCCCUGUUUGGCUCUGAGUGAGUGUCACCUGACGCUUUCACAGUAAACAGCAGGCUCUGGAACAGGAAGUGCACAGCGCCUCUGUUGGGUUUCAUUAGUCUGCUUGCCAAAAGCCACCCUAUUCCCUAUGUAGUCCACUUCUUUUGACCAGGGCCCAUAGGGUAGUGCACUAGUUUAUAUAGGGAAUAUGGUGCCAUUUGGGAUACAAAUCAAAUCAAAUUGUAUUUGUCACAUGCGCCAAAUAUAACCUAACCUUACCUUACUUAUAAGCAUUUAACCAACAAUGCAGUUUUAAGAAAAUAGAGUUAAUAAAAAAAUGUAACACAAUAAAAUAACAAUAACGAGGCUAUGUACAGGGGGUACAGGUACCGAGUCAAUGUGCGGGGGUACAGGUUAGUCGAGGUAAUUUGUAUAUGUAGGUAGGGAUAAAGUGACUAUGCAUAGAUAAUAAACAGCAAGUAGCAGCAGUGUCAAUGCAAAUAGUCUGGGUGGUCAUUUGUCUUAUGGCUUGGGGGUAGAGGCUGUUAAGGAGCCUUUUGGACCUAGACUUGGCACUCAAAUGAAAUCAAAUUGUAUUUGUCACAUACACGUGUUUAGCAGAUGUUAUAGCGGGUGUAGCGAAAUGCUUGUGCUUCUAGCUCCGACAGUGCAAUAAUAUCUAACAAGUAAUAUCAAACAAUUUCACAACACAUACCCAAUACACACAAAACUAGUAAGGAAUGGAAUUUAAGAAUAUAUACAUAUAUGGACAAGCAAUGACAGAGCGGCAUGGACUAAGAUACAGUAAAAUAUUAUAGAAUAGAAUACAGUAUAUACAUGAGAUGAGUAGUGCAAGAUAUGUAAACAUUAUUAAAGUGACUAGUGUUCCAUUUCUUAAAGUGGCCAGUGAUUUCAAUAGGCAGCAGCAGACUCUAAUGUGCUAGUGAUGGCUAUUUAACAGUCUAAUGGCCUUGAGAUAGAAGCUGUUCAUUCUCUCGGUCCCAGCUUUGAUGCACCUGUACUGACCUCGCCUUCUGGAUGAUAGCGGGGUGAACAGGCAGUGGCUCGGGUAGUUGAUGUCCUUGAUGAUCUUUUUCGCCUUCCUGUGACAUCGGGUGCUGUAUGUGUCUUGGAGGGCAGACCGCACCACCCUCUGGAGAGCCCUGCGGUUGCGGGCGUUGCAGUUGCCGUACCAGGUGGUGAUACAGCCCGACAGGAUGCUCUUAAUUGUGCAUCUGUAAAAGUUUGUGAGGGUUUUAGGUGCCAAGCCAAAUUUCUUCAGCCUCCUGAGGUUGAAGAGGCUCUGUUGCGCCUUCUUCACCACAUUGCCUGCGUGGGUGGACCAUUUCAGUUUGUCGGUAAUGUGUAUGACAAGGAACUUGAAGCUUUCCACCAUCUCCACUGCGGUCCCGUCGAUGUGGAUAGGGGGGUGCACCCUCUGCUGUUUCCUGAAGUCCAUGAUCAUCUCCUUUGUUUUGUUGAUGUUGAGUGAGAGGUUAUUUUCCUGGCACCACACUCCCAGAGGCCUCACCUUCUCCCUGUAGGCGGUCUCGUCAUUGUUGGUAAUCAAGCCUACUACUGUUGUGUCGUCUGCAAACUUGAUGAUUGAGUUGGAGGCGUGCUUGGCCACGCAGUCAUGGGUGAACAGGCAGUACAAGAUGGGGCUGAUUACGCACCCUUGUGGGGCCUCAGUGUUGAGGAUCAGCGAAGUGGAGAUGUUGUUUCCUACGUUCACCACCUGGGGGCAGCCCGUCAGGAAGUCCAGGACCCAGUUGCACAGGGCGGGGUUCAGACCCAGGGCCUCGAGCUUAAUGAUGAGCUUGGAGGGUACUAUGGUGUUGAAUGCUGAGCUAUAGUCAAUGAACAGCAUUCUUACAUAGGUAUUCCUCUUGUCCAGAUGGGAUAGGGCAGUGUGCAGUGUAAUGGCGAUUGCAUCGUCUGUGGAUCUAUUGGGGCGGUAAGCAAAUUGAAGUGGGUCUAGGGUGACAGGUAAGGUAGAGGUGAUAUGAUCCUUGACUAGUGCUACGGGGCGAUAGUCAUUUAGUUUUUGCUUAGUUGCUUAGUCACUUUGCUUUCUUGGGUACAGGAACAAUGGUGACCAUCUUGAAGCAUGUGGGAACAGCAUACUGGGAAAGGGAGAGAUUGAAUAUGUCUGUAAACACACCAGCCAGCUGGUCUGCGCAUGCUCUGAGGACGUGGCUAGGGAUGACGUCUGGGCCGGCAGCCUUGCGGGGAUUAACAUGCUUAAAUGUCUUAAUCACGUCGGCCUUGGAGAAGGAGAGGCCACAGUCCUUGGUAGUGGGCCUCGUCGGUGGCACUGUGUUAUCCUCAAAGCGGGCGAAGAAGGUGUUUAGCUUGUCUGGAAGCGAGACGUCGGUGUUGGCGACGUGGCUGGUUUUCCUUUUGUAGUCCGUGAUUGUCUGUAGACCCUGCCACAUACGUCUUGUGUCUGAGCCGUUGAAUUGCGACUCCACUUUGUCUCUAUACUGAUGUGUUGCCAGUUGAAUUGCCUUGUGGAGUGAGUAGCUACACUGUUUGUAUUCUGACAUAUUCCCAGUCACCUUGCCAUGGUUAAAUGCUGUGGUUCGCACUUUCAGUUUUGCGCGAAUGCUGCCAUCUAUCCACGAUUUCUGGUUAGGGUAGGUUUUAAUAGUCACAGUGGGCACAACAUCACCUAUACACUUCCUGAUAAACUCAGUAACCGUUUCAGUGUAUUCGUCUAGAUUAUUUUCGCAAGCUACCCAGAACAUAUCCUAGUUCUCGUGAUCAAAACAAUCUUGAAACGUGGAUUCCGAUUGGUCAGACCAGCGUUGAAUAGUCCUUAGCACGGGUAUUUCCUGUUUGAGUUUCUGCCUAUAGGAAGGGAGGAGCAAAAUGGAGUCGUGGCAGAUUUGCCGAAAGGAGGGCGGGGGAGGGCCUUAUAACCAUCCCGGAAGUUCGAAUAGCAAUGGUUAAGGAUUUUAGCAGCGCGAGUACAAGAGUCGAUAUGUUGAUAGAACUUCGGCAGCCUAGUCCUCAAAUUUGCUUUUUUAAAAUCCCCGGCUACAAUAAAUGCAGCCUCAGGAUAUGUGGUUCUAGUUUGCAUAAAGUCCAGUGAAGUUCUUUGAGGGCCGUCGUGGUAUCGGCUUGAGGGGGGAGAUACACGGCCGUGACUAUAACCGAAGAAAAUUAUCUUGGGAGAUAAUACGGUCUGCAUUUGAUUGUGAGGUAUUCUAGGUCGGGUGAACAAAAGGACUCGAGUUCCUGUAUGUUACUACAAUUACACCAUGAGUCGUUAAUCAUGAAACACACACCUCCGCCCUUCUGCUUGCCAGAGAGAUAUUUAUUCCUGUCUGCGCGAUGAACUGAGAACCCAUUUGGCUGGACCGAUUUCGACAGAAUAUCCCAAGAGAGCCAUGUUUCCGUGAAACAAAGUAUGUUACAGGGCUUGAUGUCUCUGGAAAGAAUCCUUGCCCGGAGCUCGUCGACCUUGUUAACCAGAGACUGAACAUUAGUGAGUAGUAUACUUGGAAGCGGUGGGUGGUGUGCGCGCCUCCUAAGUCGAACCAGCAGGCCGCUCCGAGUGCCUCUCCUCCGCCAUCGAUGUUUUGGGUCAGCCGCUGGGAUCAGUUUUGUUGCCCUGGGGAGAGCAAACAAAGGAUCUGCUUCGGGAAAGUCGUAUUCCUGGUCGUAAUGCUGGUGAGUUACCGCCGCUCUGAUAUCCAAUAGUUUUCCCCGGCUGUAUGUAAUGAUACAAAACACUUUCUGAGCUAAUAAUGUAAAAAAUAAUACAUAAAAAAACAAAAUACUGCAAUGUUUCCUAAGAGCUAGUCGCAAGGCCGCCAUCUUCGUCGGUGCCAGGUACAUGAAGGGGGGUUGUGCGGUAGCAGUGAGAACAGUCUAUGACUUGGUGACUGGAGUCUUUGACAAUUUUUUGGGCUUUCCUCUGACACCACCUAGUAUAUAGGUCCUGGAUGCAGGAAGCUUGGCCCCAGUGAUGUAUUGGGUUAUAUGGUUGGAUGCCGAGCAGUUGCCAUACCAGGCGGUGAUGCAACCGGUCAGGAUGCUCUCGAUGGUGCAGCUGUAGAACUUUUUGAGGAUCUGGGGACCCAUGCCAAAUCAUUUUAUUCUCCUGAGGGGGAAAAGGCGUUGUCGUGCCCUCUUCACGACUUUGUUGGUGUGAUGUGGACACCAAGGAACUUUAAUCUCUCAACCCGCUCCACUACAGUCCCUUCGAUGUGAAUGAGGGCGUGUUUGGCCCUCUUUUUCCUGUAGUCCACGAUCAUCUCCUUUGUCUUGCUCACGUUGAGGAAGAGGUUGUUGUCCUGGCACCACACUACCAGGUCUCUGACCUCCUCCCUAUAGGCUCUCUCAUCGUUGUCGGUGAUCAGGCCUACAGUCUUGGAUAUUUGGCUUCAUUUGGACAGUGUAGACAGUUAAGUCACAGGAAGAGACUGGUUGAGCAGAGACGUGGAGACAUGACCCCCUCCCAAAGCCACACGCUGGCUCAUGAUUGAUGGUGUUUGUGUGUUUAUCAUAUAGCUUAGUGUGUUCUGUAGGGAAGGCAGCAGGCAGGUCGACAGGCCGCUGUGGACUGAACGUGUUGCUGAAUGUAUUAGGCAGUGUCUCUAGUGUGAGCUGCGCUAUGUUGCUUUUUCCAGAGGACAGCGUCUGAGUGUUGGGCUAGUCUGGGGAAAUACCCAUCAUCCAAAUAUGGAGAGGUAGAAAUAGAUGUAUUGAGGAGGCAAACAUAGGCAAACACCACACACACAAACACACACACUUACUGGAAGUCCUGGAGUGUACACACACUCAUACUGUAUACCCACCUGCUGCAUUCCUCCACUUUUUUUUCUUAUUUUGUUUACCUUUAUUUUCCCCUGUUUCUCCUCUCAUUAGUUCAUUGCUCUUUAUUGUACUCUUAACCACUUGAGGGAGCAAUAUAGGGCUACUUAAAUUCCCUCCUGACUGUUUACACACUGCUGAAGGCUUUUCCUCAGCAUCCAGCCAACUAAUAGAGAUGACCAGGUGCUUAAAGGAGAAAACUCACUAGACUGCUUGUCGGUCUGUACAGUAGGGGGCCGUUUGUUUGCUGACGGCACGGUGUGUUAUAGGGACUACCCCACCGGUGUGGGACUGACAGAUGUCAUUUUUGCCCGUUUCUACAUGUAUAAUUGGUUUGCACUCGGUUUGCAAAUUACGUCUGGCACUCUGUUCAGAGGUGCUAAGUACUCUCGGACCGGCAGACACUUAGCAAUCCUACUGGUCUGUCCAUGCCUUAAGGCUUAUGAGGAACAUUGCUUAAAGAAGAGAGAGAUUCACACACUGUUCCGAAGGCCAUUUCUUAAAGUCUCGUAGUACGAUACGUUCUUAAAGCGAUUCACACACAUGCCAUCCAGUAUGAUAGGAAGGAAGUUGCUAGAUGAUCCUUUUAAUUCUGCAGCCGUUGCAACAUCAGGGACUAUCCUUCGCUGCUGGGCCGAGUGAGGGAGCAUCCGUAACCAGACUCACAAAUCACCCUCACGGACACACAGACAGGGCUGUGACUGGUAGGCAGUAGCGAAGGACUCCCAACAGUCCCUGAUGUCGCAUUGGCUGCAGAAUGAAAAGUAUAAUCUAGCAACUUCCUUCCCAUCAUACUGGAUGGCAUGUGUGUGGAUGGCGUGUGUGUGAGAGAGGGAGAGAAUCUCGCUAGGAACAAAAUAUAAUUUGUUUUGAAUCUGAGACCUUUUUAUAACAUCUGAGUUGUUUGGAUUCAAAAUCUAAGUUGUUGACCAAUGGGUAUUACUGUAAAGUUUUUCGUUUUUUCUUUCCAUGAUCAUUAUGGAGUUUAUCCACCCGGCCACAUUUUAAUGUCAGUGUAAAAACAAGAAGAUUUUGUCACGUUGUAUAAUGAUUUGAAGAUGGGCAGGAAUACGUAUUAUGGGUUUUAUUUACUCCACCCAAGACAAACACGUAUAUAUAUAUAUAUAUAUACCAAAGGGAUGUAACCCAAACAAAGAGCGAGGUGUAACCUCUACACAAUACACGGGACGAGACCCGUGAACAACAAGAGCACAAUACACGGUACUCACGAGACCAACGGACAUGGGACAAUAAUCGACAAGGACAAUGGGGAACAGAGGGCACAUAUAUACACAUUCUAAUCAGGGGGAAUGGGAACCAGGUGUGUGUAAAGAGCCAAGACAGUCUGGGGUUGGUGGUAAUGAUCCAUGUCAGUGACGCCUAGAAAGCCGGUGACAUAGACCUCCGGAACUGGUGAACGGAAUGAGCAGCAGUACCGGGGGGAUCCGUGACAGAUUUGGCUGAUUGAUGUACUGUGUAUUGUGCUCUUGUUGUUUACGGGUCUCGUCCUGUGUAGCUCAGUUGGUAGAGCAUGGCGUUUGCAACGCCAGGGUUGUGGGUUCGAUUCCCACGGGGGGCCAGUAUGAAAAAUGUAUGCACUCUCUAACUGUAAGUCGCUCUGGAUAAGAGCGUCUGCUAAAAUGACAAAAAUGCAAAAAUAUAUAUAAAGCAAAGCUUGAUAAAAUGGAACCUCUAAUCCCACGGCAGCAUUUGGUUCGAUAUGAACGGAAGCGUCCGGUAGGUUCAGCACACGCUGGCUAACACAUACUCUACAGGUUUCAUGUGCUGUGCUGGGAUUAUUAACACGCUCAUAAACAGGGAAUUAAGACAGCCAGCAAACGUGGUGGACUGCAUUAAAUAGGUGGCUGAUAAAGGGGGCGUUUGAUGCCAUUGUCUUCCCCAUCGACAUCGUUGAGUUUUGGAAGCCAGAUUGCCAUUGCCCCCCCCCCCCCCCCCCCCCCCCCCCGCCAACACUAGGGUGGACGAUUGCCUUUUAGCUUAUGUCUAAAACAGAUAUGUGUGGUCAGGGAUGCAAAGACUGAAAGUGGUAUUAAAGAGCAGCAUUAUGUUCUUUUUGAGUGAAUAGAAAAACGAGUGCUUGUUUUGUGAAUGAACUGGCGAGUCCCUUUUCACUAGGUCCCUGGCUGCUCGGCUGUUUUGUGAAUGAAUUCUUGAAAGGCAAAGCUAUCAGAGCUCUGUAGCUCAGCUCUGCUCUCUGUGUGUCAGAGAGAAAGGCAAUCACUGAGCCUCACCGCAUAAACACUUCCACUAUGCAACCACUUCCUCACUCUCUCUCCCCCUUUUCUCCCACUCCCUUUUGUUUCUCUUGUCACUCAGUCGCUUCCUUUCGUGCACACUCCCUUUCAUGCUCUCUCUCUCUCCCUUUCUAGCUGACUUCCUGUCUUUCUCUCUCCUUCGCUCUCACUUAUUUCAAUUAGGCACUCUUCCCAUCUUUUAUUGCCGAAUGUUGUCGUCUUUCAUCCUGGAUUCCAGAGAGAGAGCGAGAGAGAGAGGAAAAACACAAAGAGAGGGGGAAAGAGAGAGCUGGAGGGCCGGUGGGACAUGUUAUUGUGCUGUCUGGUGUCUGUGUGUCGGAACUCUAAAAUAACGAGGGAGGAGGGGAAGAGAGGGAUGAGGAAGUCUCCCAGGUCCACCCAGCUAGCUACUGUAGACGAGGGGAAUUACACAAUCAAAUUCUCCCGAAUGCCUAUGGCUUCAUUUAAUGAAUUAUCAAAAUAAUGUACAGAAUUAUGCAAAUCCCCAGAUCUGCACUCAUUCAUUAUUUGUCAUUCAAUUUCAAGGUCUUGUUUGAUACUUGUUGAGCAUCAGAAGGAAUUCUUCUCUUAAGACCCUUUCUCACAAAUAAUUUGUAUGCAAAAAAUUAAUAUGAGCACGUCUUGUUUAUGACGCCGUUCACACCAAUUGCUAAAUAUUGUCCUGCCACAAUCCGUCAAUAUGUAAUGGCAGACCUGAUGGAAACAGAACAUUUAACUUUUCAAAUAUCGACAAAACACAAUACGCUAGAGAAGGUGGGAUCUUUUUGUGUCGGUAAAAUGAAUUAUGCAAGAAAUGUCGGUGGAGACGCUUUUAUGCACAAAUAUUGAUAUAAUAACCAUCAUAUCGAAGUAAACUUGGUGACAGGUUGUGUGGUCCUCCCACUACGACUUGUCGGGAAAGCAUGCAGUUUAUUAGGCUACAGAUUAAAUAAAUGAUGAUGAACUUCACAGGGUAGUGAAAGUGCAAGGUGAUGAGCUUGAUGCUUCUUUCCAAUAAAUAUCGAGGGUCUUAUUCUGGUGAUAUGAUAAUUGAUGCUUGGCUGCCGUUUGACGAAUAAAAAUAAUAUUGCUUUUAUGUCCAUAAUAAUAAUCUCAUCAUGUAGGGCAGGCUAUACGUGCGCUCUAGCCAACAGCACGCAGAUAGCGCUGUGCAUGUAGCAAUACCAGAGUGGGCAAACUCGCUAUAUAAUUCAAAAAAGAAUUGUGAGAAAACCAUCAGUAGAGUUGAAAAUGCCAUGGAAACCCAUUUUAACUUUACAUUUUUAUUCAGUAGGCCUACAUGGGAAUUUAACCUCAAAAGAUAUUUUUAUAUGUGCACUACAUCAUCACUCACAGCCUUUUAUCUGCAACAAGGCAAUUUGAUGGAAACACAUCUCUGGAGGGAAAAUUUUGAAUAUUUGUAUGAAAAUAUGUCGCAAAUUUGAUGCAAAUCUAGCUACUGACAGAUUGCACAUGGCCACUGACAGUGUGAAUUAAUGCAUUUCUCUCUGCCUGUAUUGUACGUUUGCAAUUAAUCAGUGCAGCAAUGUAUCAAUUUUGCCAAUGUAAUCACAUCACACCAGAGCUACACAUCGUUUUCACCAUUCAAACUUCCCUGCCAGGUCAUUACCAAUGCUGUAGACAAUUUUGUAGCCAUUCAGCAAGCAAGAGGAUCGAUCGAUGCUUCUCUCCUCGAAUAGGCCUAGGCCUAUUAGUUUUAAAAAAUUGGUUGAGGGCCUCCUGAGUGGCGCAGCGGUCUAAGGCACUGCAUCGCAGUGCUAGAGGCGUCACUACAGACCCAGGUUCGAUCCCAGGCUGUGUCACAACCGGCCAUGAUCGGGAGUCCCAUAGGGCGGCGGACAAUUGGCCCAGCGUCUUCCGGGUUAGGGGAGGGUUUGGCCGGGGGGGCUUUACUUGGCUCAUCGCGCUCUAGCGACUCCUUGUGGCGGGCCGGGCACCUGCAGGCUGACCUCGGUUGAACUGUGUUUCUUCCGAGACAUUGGAUGCAGCUGGCUUCCGGGUUAAGUGGGCGGGUGUUAAGAAGCGCGCUUUGGCGGGUCAUGUUUCGGAGGACGCAUGACUCGACUUUCACCUCCCGAGCCCGUUGGGGAGUUGCAGCGAUGAGAUAAGAUCGAAAUCCUUUCAUGGUUCAUCCUAUAAGAUGAAUAGCUUAUCCUAAUAUUUUCAGUAGCAUACUAUUUCUCCAUAGUAUAUUAUUUUCUCUCUCAUUACUGCAUCCUCUCUAGCCACUUUGAGCAACAUAUUGCCACUUAAUUGUUUUACUGGACUGAUGGCCUGCAUCUGAUGGUCAGUCUGAGGGGAGGGAGGGAGCAGCGGUAAGACUGCCUCUCAUGCACCGUUUACAUCGUACAUUUCAUUACGCCGUACGAAAUCUUCACAGAGUCUUGCCCGCUACUGAACGGACAAGUGUAGUUGCAAAAUAUGACCUUUUCAUUCAAGACAGAAUGAAUACACUGCUCAAAAAAAUAAAGGGAAGACUUAAACAACACAAUGUAACUCCAAGUCAAUCACACUUCUGUGAAAUCAAACUGUCCACUUAGGAAGCAACACUGAUUGACAAUAAAUGUCACAUGCUGUUGUGCAAAUGGAAUAGACAACAGGUGGAAAUUAUAGGCAAUUAGCAAGACACCCCCAAUAAAGGACUGGUUUUGCAGGUGGUGACCACAGACCACUUCUCAGUUCCUAUGCUUCCUGGCUGAUGUUUUGGUCACUUUUGAAUGCUGGCGGUGCUUUCACUCUAGUGGUAGCAUGAGACGGAGUCUACAACCCACACAAGUGGCUCAGGUAGUGCAGCUCAUCCAGGAUGGCACAUCAAUGCGAGCUGUGGCAAGAAGGUUUGCUGUGUCUGUCAGCGUAGUGUCCAGAGCAUGGAGGCGCUACCAGGAGACAGGCCAGUACAUCAGGAGACGUGGAGGAGGCCGUAGGAGGGCAACAACCCAGCAGCAGGACUGCUACCUCCGCCUUUGUGCAAGGAGGAGCAGGAGGAGCACUGCCAGAGACCUGCAAAAUGACCUCCAGCAGGCCACAAAUGUGCAUGUGUCUGCUCAAACGGUCAGAAACAGACUCCAUGAGGGUGGUAUGAGGGCCCGACGUCCACAGGUGGGGGUUUUGCUUACAGCCCAACACCGUGCAGGACGUUUGGCAUUUGCCAGAGAACACCAAGAUUGGCAAAUUCGCCACUGGCGCCCUGUGUUCUUCACAGAUGAAAGCAGGUUCACACUGAGCACAUGUGACAGAGUCUGGAGAUGCCGUGGAGAACGUUCUGCUGCCUGCAACAUCCUCCAGCAUGACCGGUUUGGCGGUGGGUCAGUCAUGGUGUAGGGUGGCAUUUCUUUGGGGGGCCACACAGCCCUCCAUGUGCUCGCCAGAGGUAGCCUGACUGCCAUUAGGUACCGAAAUGAGAUCCUCAGACCCCUUGUGAGACCAUAUGCUGGUGCGGUUGGCCCUGGGUUCCUCCUAAUGCAAGACAAUGCUAGACCUCAUGUGGCUGGAGUGUGUCAGCAGUUCCUGCAAGAGGAAGGCAUUGAUGCUAUGGACCGCCCGUUCCCCAGACCUGAAUCCAAUUGAGCACAUCUGGGACAUCAUGUCUCACUCCAUCCACCAACGCCACGUUGCAACACAGACUGUCCAGGAGUUGGCGGAUGCUUUAGUCCAGGUCUGGGAGGUGAUCCCUCAGGAGACCAUCCUCCACCUCAUCAGGAGCAUGCCCAGGCGUUGUAGGGAGGUCAUACAGGCACGUGGAGGCCACACACACUACUGAGCCUCAUUUUGACUUGUUUUAAGGACAUUACAUCAAAGUUGGAUCAGCCUGUAGUGUGGCUUUCCACUUUAAUUUUGAGGGUGACUCCAAAUCCAGACCUCCAUGGGUUGAUACAUUUGAUUUCCAUUGAUCAUUUUUGUGUGAUUUUGUUGUCAGCACAUUCAACUAUGAAAAGAAAAAAGUAUUUAAUAAGAUUAUUUCAUUCAUUCAGAUCUAGGAUGUGUUAUUUUAGUGUUCCCUUUAUUUUUUUGAGCAGUGUAUAUUUUUUCAGGGGAUAAUAAAAUGUAUUUUGUUUAGUUACUUUUUCCUCAACUUGUUUCUCUAAGUCAAAAGUCAUAUAAUAUAAUAGUCUUAACAGCCUUUAUUUAUUAUUUAACAUUACUAUUAAAAUAGUACUCACUAGGAAUGGGUCAUUGUUUAUUCAACGCUGGUCUGACCAAUCGGAAUCCACACUUCAAGAUUGUUUUGAUCACACGGACUGGAAUAUGUUCCGCGUAGCUUCCGAAAAUAAUUUAGACGAAUACACUGAAACGGUGACUACGUUUAUCAGGAAGUGUAUAGGUGAUGUUGUGCCCACUGUGACUAUUAAAAACCUACCCUAACCAGAAACCGUGGAUAGAUGGCAGCAUUCGCGCCAAUCUGAAAGCGCAAACCACCGCAUUCAACCAUGGCAAGGUGACUGGGAAUAUGGCAGAAUACAAACAAUGUAGCUACUCACUCCGCAAGGCAAUUAAACUGGAAAAACAUCAGUAUAGAGACAAAGUGGAGUCGCAAUUCAACGGCUCAGACACGAGACGUAUGUGGCAGGGUCUACAGACAAUCUUGACAAGCUAAACACCUUCUUCGCCCGCUUUGAGGAUAACACAGUGCCACUGACGAGGCCCACUACCAAGGACUGUGGCCUCUCCUUCUCCGUGGCCGAAGUGAUUAAGACAUUUAAGCAUGUUAACCCCCGCAAGGCUGCCGACCCAGACAGCAUCCCUAGCCACGUCCUCAGAGCAUUCGCAGACCAGCUGGCUGGUGUGUUUAUGGACAUAUUCAAUCUCCCUCUUUCCCAGUCUGCUGUUCCCACAUGCUUCAAGAUGGCCACCAUUGUUCCUGUACCCAAGAAAGCAAAGGUAACUGAAUUAAAUGACUAUCGCCCUGUAGCACUCACCUCUGUCAUCAUGAAGUGCUUUCAGAGACUAGUCAAGGAUCAUAUCACCUCUACCUUACCUGUCACCCUAGACCAACUUUAAUUUGCUUACCGCCCCAAUAGAUCCACAGACGAUGCAAUCGCCAUUAUACUGCACACUACCCUAUCCCAUCUGGACAAGAGGAAUACCUAUGUAAGAAUGCUGUUCAUAGACUAUAGCUCAGCAUUCAACACCAUAGUACCCUCCAAGCUCAUCAUCAAGCUCGAGGCCCUGGGUCUGAACCCCGCCCUGUGCAACUGGGUCCUGACCUUCCUGACGGGCCGCCCCCAGGUGGUGAAGGUAGGAAACAACAUCUCCACUUCGCUGAUCCUCAACACAGGGGCCCUACAAGGGUGCGUGCUCAGCCCCCUCCUGUACUCCCUGUUCACCCAUGACUGCGUGGCCAAGCACGCCUCCAACUCAAUCAUCAAGUUUGCAGACGACACAACAGUAGUAGGCUUGAUUACCAACAAUGACGAGACCGCCUACAGGGAGGAGAUGAAGGCUCUGGGAGUGUGGUGCCAGGAAAAUAACCUCUCACUCAACGUCAACAAAACAAAGGAGAUGAUCGUGGACUUCAGGAAACAGCAGAGGGUGCACCCCCCUAUCCACAUCGACGGGACCGCAGUGGAGAAGAUGGAAAGCUUCCAAGUUCCUUGGCGUACACAUCACCGACAAACUGGAAUGAUCCACCCACGCAGACAGUGUGGUGAAGAAGGCGCAACAGAGCCUCUUCAACCUCAGGAGGCUGAAGAAAUUCAGCUUGGCACCUAGAACCCUCACAAACAUUUACAGAUGCACAAUUAAGAGUAUCCUGUCGGGCUGUAUCACCACCUGGUACGGCAACUGCACCGCCCGCAACCCCAGGGCUCUCCAGAGGGUGGUGCGGUCUGCCGAACGCAUUAUUGGGGGCAAACUACCCAGCCUCCAAGACACAUACAGCACCCGAUGUCACAGGAAGGCCAAAAAGAUAAUCAAGGACAUCAACCACCCGAGCCACUGCCUGUUCACCCUACUAUCAUCCAGAAGGCGAAGUCAGUACAGGUGCAUCAAAGCUGGGACCGAGAGAAUGAAAAACAGGGGAUGGUGUUCUUGGGGUCAUAGGCAGCAUUCCUCCUCCUCCAAACACGGUGAGUUGAGUUGAUGCCAAAGAGUUCCAUUUUGGUCUCAUCUGACCACAACACUUUCACCCAGUUCUCCUCUGAAUCAUUCAGAUGUUCAUUGGCAAACUUCAGAUGGCCCUGUAUAUGUGCUUUCUUGAGCAGGGGGACCUUGCGGGCGCUGCAGGAUUUCAGUCCUUCACUGCGUAGUGUGUUACCAAUUGUUUUCUUGGUGACUAUGGUCCCAGCUGCCUUGAGAUCAUUGACAAGAUCCUCCCGUGUAGUUCUGGGUUGAUUCCUCACCGUUCUCAUGAUCAUUGCAACUCCACGAGGUGAGAUCUUGCAUGGAGCCCCAGGCCGAGUGAGAUUGACAGGUCUUUUGUGUUUCUUCCAUUUACGAAUAAUCGCACCAACUGUUGUCACCUUCUCACCAAGCUGCUUGGCGAUGGUCUUGUGGCCCAUUCCAGCCUUGUGUAGGUCUACAAUCCUGUCUCUGACAUUCUUGGAGAGCUCUUUGGUCUCGGCCAUGGUGGAGAGUUUGGAAUCUGAUUGAUUGAUUGCUUCUGUGGACAGGUGUAUUUUAUACAGGUAACAAGUAUAAAAUACCUGUAUAAAAGACACCUGGGAGCCAGAAAUGUUUCUGAUUGAGAGGGGGUCAAAUACUUAUUUCCCUCAUUAAGAUGCAAAUCAAUUUAUAACAUUUUUGACAUGCGUUUUUCUGGAUUUUUUUGUUGUUAUUCUGUCUCUCACUGUUCAAAUAAACCUACCAUUAAAAUUAUAGACUGAUCAUUUCUUUGUCAGUGGGCAAACAUACAAAAUCAGCAGGGGAUCAAAUACUUUUUUCCCUCACUGUGUAUGUAUAUUUUCUUAAAUUCCAUUCCUUACUAGUUUUGUGUGUAUUAGGUAUAUGUUGUGAAAUUGUUAGAUUUUACUGCACUGUCGGAGCUAGAAGCGCAAGCAUUUUGCUACACCCGCUAUAACUGUCACGAUCGCUCAUGAACGAGAAGGACCAAGGCGCAGCGAGAUAUGCAUUCAUCUUUAUUACACGUACUGAAAACACAACAAAACAACAAACGAAACGUGACGUCCAAGGUAGACUAAUAACAUACCUCACACGGAACAAGAUCCCACAACUGACUGGUGCCAAAAGGCUGCCUAAGUAUGGUCCCCAAUCAGAGACAAUGAGCUACAGCUGCCUCUGAUUGGGAACCACCCUGGCCAACAUAGAUCUAAACGAUCUAGAAACAAAACAUAGAAAUAAACACCACACGAAAUAUACACACCCUGACUCAACAAAUUACCGUCCCCUGAGUCAGGACGUGACAAUAACAUCUGCUAAACACGUGUAUGUGACAAAUACAAUUUGAUUUGAUUGGAUUUGAAGUUGCUAGCUAUCCCAUAAAGCCGAAAACCACAGAGUUUCAUCUUAUUCUGUGGUUUGGUAACUUCCUGUUCUUCAACAGACUCUAGCUGGACUGAAGACGACACAAAGUUAGAAAAAUGUCAAAGUAUACGGCGUCCGUCUCGCAAUGGAGCCUUUAUCCGGAAGGGGGCGUUGCGUUUCCACUCCGUUGUAGACGUCCCCAUUGAAAUGUGAACCUUAUGGGUAUUGUGAACAAGGCUUCACCCGACUCACCGUCCCUCCGCUCUCCCUCCCUCCGCUUAGAAAAGUGGACACAGUCUUCCAGCUUAUGGCAAAACUCAAGUAGCAUUGCAUUAUUUCAGCCUCAUGCUCCAAUUCAUGUUUUUAGUCUGUGUGUAUUACCAGAGAAAGUGAAUUAUUCCUCUAUAUAAAAAAAAGACACAAGCUGCUAAUAAGAACAACGCAAGCUUAUCGGAACACUGCUAUACUCAUUCAUUGCAGCUGCAGUGCUGGUUGUAGCAUGAGUGGAAGUAGGGAGAAUGCGCAUUUUAUGGCUUACAAAAGUGUUAAACAAAGUGUUGACAGUGCUGAAUAACUUACUUAUAAAAACAGCAGCUCUUUGUUGUGUUCAUUGAGUCUGUCUCUAGUAAUGGUUUUAAAAGUGUUUAAAUCUCACAGUAUCAACUUUGCAGACAGAGUCAUCUGAGCUAUUUGAUUGGCCAACGGUAGGCCUAUAGGUGCACUUGAUUUGCUCUCUGGGCCUGCCGGGUAGGCGGAGUUCUAACUUCAGACACAUGAAACACUUUGCCUUCCCGGUGCUAGGGCUGCUGAAUCAAGUGCACCUACCGCCAACAGCACAAAACUAAUUUAAAAAAUUGGAACGCAAGGCUUUAUCAUUGGGUUUUUUACAGAAAUGUUGGUGAUCGACUAGGAAUGUAAUCGACCGCGAUCGACCGGUUGGUGACCACUGGUAUACAGUGAUAUAGAGGUGAUAGGAGAAAGUGUUCCUUGUCUGGGGACAUUGUUCACCUCUUGGGUAAUGGCGUGGGGCUGUAACAACAAUCAGUUCCUCAAGGGGUUUUGGCAUCUUUUGAGGAAUGUCUCAAACUUGACAACACUGAUUUUGAUCACACCGACUACCGUUAUUUCAUUCCUUUGCUAGGAUGAAAUGACAUUUCCUUAUCAGCUAGCUUGUUGUGAGGUGACACUAUGUGUUAUGAGUGUGUGACAGUGGGCCACAACUAGUGUUUGUGUGUGUCUUUCUCUCUGCAGGUUGAACUGUACCCCGUGUGCGGGGCUGUGUCCUAAGAUGUGUACGGGGCUGAAGACAGUGGACUCUGUGACAGCAGCCCAGGCUCUGAGAGGAUGCACUGUGCUCAACGGCAGCCUGAUCAUCAAGAUCCGUGGAGGGAGUAAGUACAGUAUACACCUACCCCUUCAAUACCCCAUCAUCUAUCCACCCCUUAUCAAAUUCAGGGUCCUUCCAACGACCCUCACCUACCUAGUAUAUUAUUUAGUCACUUAAAACACUCUCUUAGUGAUUUUUCCAGGUGCUCAAAAUGCUUUACAUUGAAAGUAAUUGAAACUCACCUCAUCCACUACCAAUGUGAACUGACUGUCUGUUUCUCCUCUUUCCAUCAGACAACAUAGCAGCAGAGCUGGAGGCUAACCUGGGUCAGCUGGAGGAGAUAACAGGCUACCUGACCAUCAAGAGAGCCUAUGCCCUCGUCUCUCUCUCCUUCCUCCGCAAGUUACACAUCAUCCGAGGGGAGACCUUGACCCAAGAUGGGUAGGUCUCGGGUAGAAGUGCACUAUAUAGGGAAAAGGUUCCAUAUCAGAUUUGGGGUUGAAACAUUGUCCAAAUUAACAUAGUACUUGGGAGCAUAGACCAGUGUGCAGAUUAUUUUUCUUUUUUUUGCUUCUACUGCCAUAUCAGAUGUGCCUUAGGUCUUACAGACUGACUAGUUUGUUCUUUUUCUCAACAUGUACCUUCUCAGGAACUACUCGUUCUACGCGCUUGACAACCAGAACCUGCGUCAGCUGUGGGACUGGAACAAACAUAACCUGACCAUCCUCCAGGGGCGCAUGUUCUUCCUUCACAACUCCAAGCUGUGCAUGUCUGAGAUCCGCAAGAUGGAGGAGGUGACGGGCACCAAGGGGAGAGACAUCAAGAAUGAAAUCGCCGGCAGGACCAAUGGAGACCAGGCCUCCUGUAAGACCAGACAACACUUUAGACAAAAAAUAUAAUCAUAUGGUCAUGUAGUAGACGCUAUUACUCAAAGGUUACUUAUGGUUAACAUUUACUAUUACGUAUUUAGUGGCCCUUUAUGGCUCAGUUGGUAGAGCAUGGCGCUUGCAAUGCCAGGAUUGUGGGUUUGAUACUAAAAUGUAUGCACGCAUGACUGUAAGUUGCUUUGGAUAAAAGCGGUCAGUAGGUCAGAUCUGUAUUUACAGUUUUCUUUACUUCUUCUACAAUAUUGCUAUUCUCUCACCUCCCUGAUUCGCCCUGAUCAAUCCUCUCCUUUGGCUGAUGUCUGUCUCUGUUGUUGGUCUCCAGGUGAGAACCAGGUCCUGAAGUUCACCACAGUGCGCACGCAGUCAGACAAGAUCCUCAUCAAGUGGGAACCGUUCUGGCCGCCGGACUUCAGAGACCUACUAGGCUUCAUGGUCCUCUACAAAGAGGCGUAAGUAGGAAACAAUACAUGAAUACAUAAAUACCUAGAGGUGUACUGUGCUGCAAGUAAGUUAGUACCCUUGUCUGAGCCAGAAUGGCCCAUAGGGAAGGAGCCGAUCAUCUGUUUCUAUAGGGUGAGGCAGCUUGAUGGACAUGUACACCCCUGGAGCGGACGUUAUUCUAUGGCAAGGUACUGCAGGUAGAAAAACAUGAAUACAUAUAAAUUAAGAAGAAACACAAAUACAUUCAGAAAGAGGUAGAAGUACUGUGUGAUGGACAUGCCGGUAAGCAGUAUUGAAAGACAAACAUACCAUGUCAUUAUUUAAGAACACUUUAGAAAGCUCCCGACACAGUCUAAAUGAUUGGACUUCUUAGCUGUAGCACAGAACAGGUGUCUUUUUCUGAAUAAAACAUGCUGUUUUAAGCAUCGAUCAGCAUGUGGUGGACAGUAUGAGUAAUGGCUAUUCUCUUCUCUUUGCAUUACUCUUCAGAAAGCUCAUACCACACUCCAUGUGAAUAGGUGUCCUGAUUGCAUUUCUUUGCUGUACUGCAGUAGAACUGAAUAUAUGACUAUUAAAUGAGUCUCUCUCUCCUCUCCUACAGUAUAAUAAUUUGAUUGCUCUUACUGUAGCUCGAGCAUUGAAUGUUUCUUCUUUACUAAAGGAGGGGCUAGUAGUGGGACAUUUGUUAACGGCUGUAAUCGACUAUGAAUGGUAGCUGCUACUGUGCUACUUUUCGAUGUGCAUAAUUAGGCCCCUCUCCUGUCAUCGUUUUGAAUCCAAGUCUCUUCCUUUCCAUGGCCAUCCCAAGAACUUAGUAUUGUGUAUGUGUGUGCCCCGCCCUUCCAGACCCUAUAAGAAUGUGACAGAGUUUGACUUGGCUUACGGUAUAUCUCUACUGUGUGUCUCUCUCUGUCCCCUUCCUUCUCCAGGCCUUAUAAGAAUGUGACAGAGUUUGAUGGCCAGGAUGCGUGUGGCUCUAACAGCUGGGUGAUAGCUGACGUAGACCCUCCACCCCGGGCCACGGAGGGGGAGCCUGGCUACCUCAUCCAUACUAUAAAGCCCUAUACCCAGUACGCCAUCAUGGUCAAGACCCAGCUCUCCGCCUCAGAUGAACACCAGGUCCUCGGGGCCAAGAGUGAGAUCAUCUACGUCCGCACCAAUGCCACCAGUGAGUCAAAACAGUCUUCCGUCCUUACAACAUUCUAAUCUACUACAUAUCAAAUCUUGUUGUGACCCAACAAAUACACAAAACAAUAUAUCUAGCUAGCUAGCUUUAACUCAAGUAAUUUGUAUUUUUACGUAACCAAAGACUCUGGAAACUAGAUGCGAUCCACCAAUACGUCCCAACCCGCCAGUAUGAUGACAAACCCUACUUUAACCUUGUUGUGUGUUGUUAUGUUUUAGAGCCGUCAGUGCCGCUGGACCCCAUCUCCUCAUCCAACUCGUCCUCCCAGAUCAUCCUGAAGUGGAAGCCCCCCACGGACCCCAAUGGCAACAUCACUCACUACCUGGUGUUCUGUCAGCAGCAGCCCGAGGACAGCGACCUCUACAAGUUUGACUACUGUCAAAAAGGUGAGACACAGAGGAUUGUCAUUAUUCAGAUGUUUACUUCAUAUUAUAGUUAAAAAAAGGUAAAUCAAUCAUAUCAAAUGAUCUCAUGGUUUUGUGUCUGAUGAUCUGUUGACCAUUGAGAAAGGGGUUUCAGGGUCCACUAUUUUGGGUUGGGAUUCAGUUGGAACGUGACAGUUGUGAUUGUAACCAUCUCUCUCUGUCUGUGUGCAGGAAUGAAGCUGCCGUCGCGGGCGCCCACCCAUCUAGACACUGACGAGGAGCAAAAGUGGAACCAGACAGAUGAGUCUGGGCCAGGGAGCCACUGCUGUGCCUGCCCCAAAACAGACACCCAGCUCAAGAAGGAGGCUGAA